CGGCGUUUGAGUGGCAAGUUGUUUGUUACAGCGAACACCAGCUGCUGCUGCGCCGGGCGCCGCGCUCCGCCGGGCGCUGUUUGCUUGUCCACCCCGUAGCUCGCUGCACCCCGCAGGUCCUCCCCAGGCCUCCUUUUUUAUUGCAACUUGCCAAGCUUCCUUUUUCUGGAUCGAGUACGAAUCAGCCUAGCACCGAGCUCCCGGUCCCCUUCCUUGGGCCGGUUGCCCCACAGCUUGGGGCGCGCAGGGGGCGGGGGCCGCGGCUCGUCCCCGUCCCCUUCCCCCCCCCCCCCCCACAAACUCGGGCCACCGCGGAUGAUCCGCCGUGGAGGAGCCCUAGGCGGACGAUGGAACUGCACAUUCUCGAACACCGGCUGCAAGUUGCCAGCGUCGCCAAGGAGAGUAUCCCACUCUUCACCUACGGCCUCAUCAAACUUGCCUUCCUGUCUUCCAAGACCAGGUGCAAGUUUUUCAGUCUGACUGAGACCCCUGAGGACUACACCAUCAUCGUAGAUGAGGAGGGCUUCCUUGAGCUGCCCUCGUCCGAGCACCUGAGUGUGACUGAUGCCACCUGGCUGGCCCUGAAUGUGGUGUCUGGUGGUGGCAGCUUCUCCAGCUCCCAGCCCAUCGGUGUGACAAAGAUCGCCAAGUCUGUCAUCGCCCCACUGGCUGACCAGAACAUUUCCGUGUUUAUGUUGUCCACCUAUCAGACCGACUUCAUCCUGGUGCGCGAGCGUGACCUGCCCUUUGUCACGCACACCUUAUCCUCGGAGUUCACCAUCCUCCGGGUUGUCAAUGGAGAAACAGUAGCGGCCGAGAAUCUCAGCAUCACCAAUGGCUUUGUGAAGCCCAAGAUGGUCCAGAGGCCAGUCAUCCACCCGCUAUCCAGCCCAAGCAACAGGUUUUGUGUCACCAGCUUGGACCCCGACACGCUGCCUGCCGUCGCCACUCUCCUCAUGGAUGUGAUGUUCUACUCCAGUGGAGUGAAGGAUGCCGUGGCUGCCAGUGAUGACUGUGGCCACAUCCGCUUCUUUUCCUUCUCACUCAUUGAGGGCUACGUCUCGCUGGUGAUGGACGUACAGACCCAGCAGAGGUUCCCGAGUCAUUUGCUGUUCACGAGUGCAUCUGGAGAGCUCUGGAAGAUGGUGCGGAUAGGAGGACAACCGCUGGGAUUUGAUGAGUGUGGGAUUGUAGCCCAGAUCUCCGAGCCCUUGGCAGCUGCAGACAUCCCAGCCUAUUACAUCAGUACUUUCAAGUUCGACCAUGCAUUGGUUCCAGAAGAGAAUAUCAGUGGGGUUAUCCAUGCCCUGAAGGUCAGUCAAGGAGGGAAGCGUUAGAAAAGGCUCCUCUCUG